AUGACCGACGUCAAGCGCUACUACACCUCUCUCGAGACCCGUCUGGGCAACUGGCUGCUCUUCAACGGCCGCGCCCAUCUGGGACUGUAUCCCGCCUCCACCUGGUGGCCGUUCCCCAUCCGCCGUGCGCUCCUCGCCAUGGAAGACCACAUGUACCAGUCCCUGAAGCUAUCCCCUGGAGCUCGCGUUCUCGAUGCCGGCUGCGGCGACGGCCAGGUUGCGAUUGCGUUCGCACGGAGAGGGCUACGCGUUCACGCCGUUGACGUCCUGCUGGAACAGGUGCAGCGUGCGCGACAGAAUGUCGCUCGGGUCUUGGGUGAAGGGGAAACGACGAUGACCGUGCGACAGGAUGACUAUCACCGACUGGAGACGGUGGACGAGGGCUCGCUGGACGGCAUCUAUACCAUUGAAACCCUGGUGCACGCGAGAGACCUGCCCGCUGUGUUGGAGGAGUUCCGGCGGGUUUUGAAGCCGGGCGGCAGGGUUGCGCUGUACGAAUAUGAUCAUUGGGCGCAGACGGCGGAUACCAUGGCCCUGGAGAGGGAGAAAGUGCGGCGCUAUGGUGCGAUUGCUUCGGACUCUGAAGAGGCCUCUGGGUUGGCGCGCGUAUUAGCGGAUGCUGGGUUUGAGGAUGUCCGCGAGACGGAUCUCACGCGCAAUGUCCGUCCGCUUCUGCGAGUACUGGCCUGGAUUUGUUACGUUCCGUGUAUAAUUGUGGUGGCGUUGGGGAUGGAGGCUUCCUUUAUUAAUACGGUUGCGGUCGUGGUGAAUUAUCGCAGUGGAUGGAGGUAUCUGGCUGUUACGGGGAGCAAGCCUGUUUGA